GUGAACAGUACAAUUUUUUUCAAGAAUUAUUUUAAAAUUUAAAAAAAAAAUCUAUUUAAUAACAAAAACCCAAAUUAAAUAUGUUGUUAAAUAAUUUAAACGAAUUGUGUAUUCAGAGAAGUCGUUAUGUGAACUUCCUAACACGUAACACCAACGAGAAUUUAAGCGAAUUGGAUGAAGUUGGUGAAACAAAAUUUGCUUUAAAUCACACAGAUUGUCAAAUAUUUUUAAAAAAGAAAUGUCACGAUAUAGAAGUGUUAAGAGUGCAGGGUGAUAUGAAAGAUGAUUACUUACAGGCGGAGUAUUUUAAAUUUAAAGUGAAACCUUUUAGAAAUUUAAACAAAUUAAUCUUUUAUCAAAUGGUGGUGACAAAUGAAAAUUUGCUGGUGUUAAGCAAAAAUUGUUUGCAAUUAAAGAGUUUACAUUUGUUGAAAUGUUUCUGUGAAGAUUUUCAAACUCUGAUGCCGGGUGUUAAUAUAAAUAUUGAUAGUAUUUGCAAAAUUACACAAUUACAGGAAUUAAAAUUUGAACCCGAUACAAAGCCGGGUUGCAUAAAGAAAUUGAAAGUACAAUAUGUGAAAUAUGUUUUAAAUAAUGCUGUGAACUUGACAAGUUUAAGUUUUAAAAAUUUCACCAUAGUUUGUGAGAAGGAGGAGGACAAAACCACUAGAACCUAUAUACCCGAUAUUGUUUGGCAGUUACAGACUUUUAAUAUUGGCAUUUUAAACUAUGAUAUUUGGUGCACAUUUACCGGUUAUCUGAAAUGUUGUCCACAAUUGCGCAAACUGAUCAUACACAUCAACGAUAGUAAUAUAGUGUUAAAUCUCAAACUAAUCGAUAUUUUGAGCACAUAUUGUAUCAACUUAAAAACUUUAUGUUUGGAAGGUUGCAAACUGGAUAUCAAGGAUUUCUUACCUUUACAGGGAUUAAAAGAACUAACUCUUACUUCGUGUAGUGGUUUGAGUUUUGAAAAUUUACAGCAAUUAUUGGGUGGUCUCAGGCUAAAGCAAUUUAAAUUGAACAAUACUCCCGUGAAUAAAAUUUACAAUUACAUUUAUAUAGCACCCUCCCUGGAAUCGAUAACCAUAGAUACUUUUCAGUUUACAGCAAUAUCUGAAAUAUUUCAAAAUUCUCUUAACAACUUUGCCGCACUACACACCUUGAACUGGCUUAAUGGUGAUAUAGCUCAUAAUUGGUUACGUGAUAAAUGUCCUCAGAUACAAAAGUUAAAACUAACCAAUCCCUAUAGCUUACCACGUAUUAUCUUAUCUAUGACUUCCCUGAAAGAACUAACAUUUACUACUUGUCAUGGUCUCAACUGGAAUCUUUUGAAAAUGCUUAUUCGUGAUAUGUCUUUGAAAUGUUUAAAUAUUGCUGUCAAUGAUGUAAUGAUCGAAAAUAAUGGAAUUCCUCAAAAUUGUUUUAGAGUUACGACAACGUUGGAGUUAAUAAAGAUGCCCUUUGAAAUAUUUGUUAUUGGUUUAACACAUUGGCUAGAUGUUUUAGAUGUUAAUGAACAGUUGGGGUUUCUUGUUUAUGGCGGUGUUGGUGAUAUAUUAAAUUUUAGACUACUGAGUAUGUUGCUAUCGGUGAAUGCUGUGCGAAAGCGAUGUAAUCGUAUAAAAAUUUGCGGUUUUAAAAUGGAACUUAAAGACUUUGAACGUAACACAAUUUUUAGAGAAAUUGUACGUUUGCAUAUGAAUACCAGUCACUAUAGAGACAGGAAAAUGCCUUUUACUUUGGAAUUCUAAAAAUGUAUUACUUUGGUGAAAUAAAGAAUUGACAA